GUUAUGGUGGGUUUGACUCAAGUACUCUCACUUCAUGCUCCGCUGUUGGUUCAGAGGCGGAGUUCAGUGUAAUAAAGUCCUCUUUGAGACAACAGUGGAGUCCGGAGUUUUUCUCUACAUCACUGGAAUACAGAUUUAUUUCCUCUACAUCCCGGAUUUAUCAGCGUUUUUCUUUUGAUCCACAGCAGAAAAGCGGAGGAAAAGGCUCAAACUUUCACCUGCGGCACAAGUCAAACUAACGUCACCUCGUGAUAGGUAAAUAUAGCCGUUUUUUAUACCGUUACUUUUACAGCAGUCUUAUUAAAUACAGGUCAAAAGGCAGGUUCAGGUGUUAAACCCGCCGCAACAAAAUACAAGAAUCUGCCCUGUUAUUUCCAGAGGAGACUGUUGCUGCCGUUCAUUUCAAUGAAAACUGCAUUGCCGUUUUUCUCGGCUGCACAGGUGUGUUUUAUUUGAUGCUUACAUUAGCAGGUGAACCAAAGUGUGGGGGCAUCAGAAAAACACAUCAAUUUAUCUGAAUUGUUUACAAUUUGCAGCUCCAGAUGUGUUUCUAAGUCCCUGCAGGACUGGGUGCAGUUUAAUUAAAGCCCUGCGUCAGGCAUGCUGGUCAAAGACAGCUUUUGUUGUUGUGACAAACAUUUGUAAGGCGAUAACUUAUCGACAUCCCGAAUCGUGCGAUAUGUAAUUAACGCCAAAUCUGAUUGGGUGGAAAGAGCACCAACAUACUACCCUACUCAAGUAAAACUAACUACGUUAUUUAAAAGAUUGCCAACCUAAAGCACAUGAGGUACUGAGUACCUUGUAGGUUUCUUACUUUCAUCCAAUGGUGAUUAUACCCCCCCAAAAUUAUCUUAAUGCAUAUUUUGCUAAUCUAAUUGUUGUAAUAUCAGCAUGACUAUGUGAAUACAUUUUGACAUUGCAUCUGUAAGGGGUAGAUUAUUGAGUGUUUUGCAUCUCAUUGUGUCAUUAUUGCACUUUGUAGAUGGUCACAGUAAAUUUCAGUCAUAGACGCAACAUUAAAAGUAGCAAAAGAAAAUACUUAAUUUUAAAAAAGUACAUUUUUUAAAAAGCAAGUACACAGAGGAGCUGCUGAAUAACAGUUACUUGUACAAUUUAAUCAGUUACUUUUCACCUUUGAUUUUUGAGCUUUAAAUUAAUAUGGCAUCAGAAACAGCUUUGGUGGUACUUUAUGGCAUUGACCCACCUUUAGAGGAUAUUUUGUAUCCUAUCCAUCAAAUCAGACAUUGUGAAGCAUUUUAUGAUUAAUUCAUAAUCAACAUAUCAGUAAGCAGUGUAGCCAACCAAGUAUCCUAUAGUAUCAUGAGUUACUCUGUGAUUUCCACCCAUACAUGCAUUUUAUUUCCUGCAUAAGUUACCUGUGGUUCAUGAUGUCAGUGCAUGUAAAUGUCUUCAUCUGAAAUAUGGCUAAAGUACAAAUUCAAGUUUGAAAUACUUUCAAACUGAAGCUCUUCGUUGUCUUUAUCUAAGCCUCUCAAAGCAAACAGAUUUUGUAAUGGAGUUUGGUUCACCAUAAAACUUCUUAUCAUUGAUCUUUCACAAGAUUACCAUUUGCUUAAAUGUUGUCAGAGUAAUUAUGAGAUUUAAGGACAGGCAGAUUUUUGCAAUGACGGUAACAAGUCCCUCCAAGCCUGCUGGCAUGUGUCCUUGCUCCUGAGGCUUUAUGGCUUCAUGCACUCUCUCACACAGUGUGGCGUAAAGGCUGAUUCACUCUCCUGAAAUUGUCUCAACGUUCUAAUUUAGUCAAAAGUUGAAACAAAAGAAGGGCCCAGUUUCACUCGACUUAUUAUGGUUGGAACGUAAUGAUUAGACGGUGUGAGUAAGAGUUAGUCAGACCCUGGAGAGCUGGGUAAGUGGCUUUGUUGCAUCAAGAUGCAGGGCAAGGGCGGGUGGGCAAGUGGUCAUAUUAUUUGUGGUUAACCAUGUAGAGUCACUUGAAAGUAAUUUUUAACUCAGUUGGAUGUUUUUAAGGAAAGUCUGAUGCUUUCAUAAAUGAUACUUGUUUAGAUGACAUCUCAUGAUGGUUGAAUAUAAGUCAUGCUCAGGUAACAACAUUCACUAAAUUCAUCUCUAAUACUCUGUUCUCUGUUUCUGUCCAGGUGCUCUAGAGGUUAAACAUGAAGCACCUCUCACUGUUGCUCCUUUUCACACUGGUGAGCUUCUAUAGCCAUAAGGGGGCAUUGUCCCAGGCUCCCACCUAUGGUGAACGGGGCUCAGAUCUUGGCAUACAGGUGUUUCAGCAAGUAGUCAGCUCCAAGCCCCUGGACAACGUGGUUCUUUCACCUCAUGGAAUCGCUUCAAUCCUUGGGAUGCUGCUUUCAGGAGCUCAUGGAGAGACUCGGAAGCAGGUCCUCAAUGCUCUCCGCUACAAGAAAAAUGGUGAGGAGUCUGGUUUGGCGGUAGAAGCUCAGGCAAUAGCUAAAAUGUGUCAACUGUUUAUUUUUGCUAUCAGACUCAUUUUCAGAAAGUUGGACAGGCGUCUAAACUGAAGCUGUCAGUGCUCAUGCAUUUACUGUGGUGUGAUUUAGGUCCAGAAAUUAUGUAUUUAUACCCCAGUAUUUUGGGAUGUGCAAAUCAACAUAGACCUGCAAAUGAAACUGAAAUGAACAAGUUUGCAUAACUUGGGGGCAACUGACUUUGGACUUGUGAAAGACUUUGGUCUAAAGGGCAUCUUUAAGUUGGGUUUUGAGACAAGGCAUGUCGUGCUGGGGGCAACAUACAGGACCUGUAGGAAACACAGGAAGCAACCAAACUGGAACUCCUGAAAAGAGCAAAUGCUGUUGCAUGAGCUAUCAGAUUUGAUCAGAAUAACAAUCCUGAAUAUUUCUUUACCUGUGACUGUGUUUUUGUUGUAAAAAUUAAAUAGACAUCUGUUUGAUUUUGAAGCGGUCUUAUACCUUCAAGUUAUGGCUUCAGAUCACAUUGGUGUGAUACUGAAGCCAUAAAAUACUUGAAAAAUGUAAAAGUCAAGAUAAAAAGAAAACAUUUUAUGGCAUUUAUUUGAUUCUCAAAUAAAGACACGGGUAAGAACUGCUUCACAUUAUCAAUAUAGACUUUGACAGGUUUUGAACUUUCAAAAUAAAGAAAUUUUAAAAUUUAAAAUCACAGUUAAUUGGUAAUUCUGCAUUUGAUCACAUUUAAUGAAUCAACUAUUUGACAUCCCUUAUCUAAACCAUUAAAAGUACUUGAGUUUUAAUUACUGUUUAUCAAAGAAGUUAACCUCCACUGUCCAGUGAAUGGUGGCGCCACUACUCUGGUGCCUAAAACUUGCAUUCUUUCCUUCUGCCAGCAGAGGGCACAUCACAUUAUACAAAAACAGAGAAAAUAGCCCUAAUAAAAACCUUUAUUCUCGCUUGAUUCAGAGGGAGUUUUACAGUCCCAGUUGCUUCUUUAUUACAGUAUGAUACUGACUUAUGGAUUGAUUUUAGGCCCAUUUAGAGGACAAUAUAAAUGAUAAAGCUUGGUGUGGUUAAGGACGUCGCUGCCUUGUGAUUGCUAAGAAGCUGACAUCGCUACCCAGGCUGUGACUCAAAUAAAGGGGCAGGAGUGCAUAUCCAUCCUUUUAAACUGAACAGUCACAUCUGGCUCUGAAAGUGCCAAAUACUAGACCUAAACAACAGUCGCCUACAAACUAACAUGUGGUAUCAUGGUGGUAGAUUCAAGUUGUUGAAUACCAGGGCUGUACAAAAUGUUGGAACAUGGAUGUAUUGAGACAUUUCUAUUCAGAAUAGAUUAUCGAUUAUCUCCUCCCUUUACAUUGAUACAUAAAUGAAUUAGAAAUGUCCUUGUCUUUGUUUCAGAUUUCACUAUGCAAUCUCUGCCCUUUAGAUGUUGCUGUUUGGCGACUGUGUUGGCUCCUUGAACCUGAAACUGUUGCUAGCUAGAGAUAAAGCAGUGGUGGUUGAGUGACUUGAUAGAGGCGAGUGGUGCCAUGAACACAGUGCAGAAAAACGAAGAAAUUUAACUUUAAUUUUGACAUUUUUCACUGUUAUCUCUCUGCUGUUAAACUCAGGCAUAGCUCACAUAGCCUGAUUGCUGUUUUCUUUUGCUCCCAUUCUGAAGUUUAUCUUUGACCUCUACACCUCUAUGCGACAACUAUCCUACAGAAAUGCCCCACGUGGUGCAACACUGUGAUUCAGUAAAUUAUGAAGAGUACUGCAAAGGAUUCAAACCUCUUGUAUUUUGAUAGUAGUCAUACUGUGAAGUCAUGCCAGUGCCCAGACCUGCUAUGUUUAGUCUGUGGAUAUUAGUUUCAGUUUUUCAUACAUCACAGGUCCCUACAGGAUGCUGAAGAAGCUGCACAAAGCCUUGACAGGGAAGGCCAACCAGGAUGCCGUGCUGAUCGCCAACGCCAUGUUCACCCAGGAGGGCUUCCCCAUGGAGGCGUCUUUUAUCGCCACCAACAAAGACAACUUCCAGUGUGAGAGCAGGAGCCUGGACUUCGGCAACCCUGAUGGGGCUGCAGAGGAAAUCAAUGCAUGGGUCAACAACAAGACCAAAGGUAGGAGUCAUGCAUGUGCUGUAUAAACAAUUUGGAAUAUACUAAAACUUUGUAUAAGCAAACACGGGCAACAAAACAACAUAUCAAAUUUACCAGCAGCUGUUAGUUUUAUAUCAAGUGUGUACAUUUUGUAAGUUUUGAAAGGAAGAAAGGAAAGAAGAAAAUAGGCACUUCAUAACCUAAGGAAUAAGCGUAAAUUGAUAUAUCAGAAAUACAGACACAAAUUCCACAGAUCUUGCAGCAUUUGAGCCUGGUGAACAUAAGUCAGUUUCCUUGUAGCCUUCAAAUGGUAAGAAUUAGGUCAAUUGAUUUGGCUUCAGUAUACUGGUCUGCAAAUAUAGGUUAUUUUCAGCCACAUGUGUUCUGAAAUCUUUUGCAUGACCACGUACAAAGCCCUGGCUUUGCAACACUGGAAAUGUUCUGGCGUAUAGAUUGGUUUUCCUGGAGAAAAGGCCUCGUUUCUCAUUUUCUUCUUUCAGAUCUUUGCUGAGGUGAAUAAAAGAAGAUGUGGUUGAUUUUUUCCUAUCAAAUCUCCCUGUCUAAAUAAUGCUUCUGUGUUGCAUAAUUUAUCCAGGUCACAUCCCCAGCUUGAUCAAAGCAGACAUGCUGGACUCAGUUCUGACCCGUCUGGUUGCUGUCAACUCGAUCUACUUCAAAGGCUUAUGGAAAUCUCGCUUCCAGCCCGAGAACACCAAGAUGAGGCCUUUCAACGGGGGCGACGGAAACGUAUAUAAGGUCCCAAUGAUGUCCCAACUGUCUGUCUUCAACAUUGGUGAGAUGAUCGCCCAUCAUAUUACUAACAGAAUGAGUUUAUGGCAGCUGAUUGGUUAAUAGAUCAGCUUUCACACAGCAUGAUCUUAGAUUGAACUCCCAUAAGCUGGUGGCUGCUGAAUUGAUUUAUAAUAUUGAUAACCAGUUACGUUGUGCCAUUCAGUGUGAUCUCUUUUGUCAGGGUGAGUGAAGCCAGAUAAGCAAGAUAUGUUGACUUGACUUUGUGGUACAGGCCCCCGGUCCACCAUCCUGAAAUAUUCUAGGUUCAUUGAUUUAUGAACUUUACUUGAGUUCGUUGUUAUGACAUAAUUACAGCAUCUGCUGGUAUGUGACUCACGAAUCGGCUUGUGUAGAGUUGUUCAGAAAUGCAGGCCGAGACAUGCCACAUCCACAGGACACUAUUUAGCUCUGUGUGAAAUGAAGUGACACACCAAUCAGUCGUCUAUAUUUAGAGGAGCUGUCAGAGUUGUGUUGGCGUGGUGAGUGUUGCAGAUAGAUUCUCACACUGUGCUCGAGUUAAAGUGAGGUCAUGCACUGAAGUUUGUGUCUGUCCUCAGUUUCCUGCAGUGUGUUUACAUUAGUCUACAGUUUCUGAUUUGUUUACUGGAUUAUGGUCCUCACAGGCCAUAAGGGGAACGGGACUCUGAAAGAGUUUCAUGCUCUGAGCUUGAUAUAUGUCAUGACUUGGGAACAUGGUGUGUUGUGAUUUCCUGUAAUGUCCAUAUAAAGCACGAGGAGCUGUGUGGUCCCUGUGAAGUGGAUGUUUGCAGUCUGAGGCUCCUGUUGUGACUUGUUGUGCUUUCUAUGGCCAAAAGUAACUUUGACGUCAAAGUGGAGCUGAAAGUUUGUCAUUCUCAAGUGCUAAAUCAGAUGGGAGCAUUUUUUUUAAGUAAAAGGACACAAACAGUUUUCCAAUCCAAACACACGUCAAGGUUCAAGCACUGUUAUCAACAUAUUUAGAGAGGGUGAAAAACUUUUGAAAAUGCAUCUGUGAAGGUCUCGUACAUUAAGAACUCACUAAGAAUAUAGUGUGGCUGCUUACAGCAACAAGGAUUUGCAAUCUAUUCAGCCUCCAGGUCUGAUUUACUCAUGAUAAUAAAGCAGAAGCAUGCCAAUGAAGGUUUGCAGCUCUGUGCAGUUUUUAUCUGGUUUUGCAUCUAGUUUAAAGAGGAAAUAGUAAUGAGAGGAGUUAUUUUCAGGCAAAAAGAUGUGAAUUCUGUCUCACUAGUCUUUUCUGACUUUUUUAAAGUUUUCUGGGACAGAUAAAUCUUUCAAAAAGCAAUCAUAUGGCUGCAACCCUUUCGACAGUUGUACGAAUUCAGGUGAAUGAUUGCAGGACUGAAAAGCAUCUUGCUUGACAGUCAGUCACCCACGAGUUGAUCCUGAUGCCUUUAACCCCUCUCAUCUUUACUCCUCUGCCAGGUGUUGCCACCACACCUCAGGGUCUGAAGUAUAAGGUGAUCGAGCUGCCCUAUCACGGCGGCUCCAUCAGCAUGCUGAUCGUUCUGCCUUCUGAAGAGGACACGCCUCUAUCCCGAGUUAUCCCACACAUCAGCACCGCCACGGUGCACAGCUGGACUUCACUGAUGCACUCGAGAAAAGUCCGCCUGCUCAUCCCCAAGUAAGAUACCUGCACACUGUAAAGACUGCUCUGUCAAGUACAAUUGCAGAUUUAACAUAAGAGAGUGCAGAUCGAUUAGAAUCAAGUGGUAAUUCACCUCAUGGUCAAACUUAUUUUUUGGACUACUUGGACUUCUUUUACCUUCACCACCAGACUUUGUUUGGCUAAGAAAAAAUUACAAUAUUGUAUAACUAAAAACAUUUUCCUCCAUCUCCUAACUUCCGCUUGAUUAAGUGUUCCCUUUUUUUUGAUUAACCAUUCAUGGACUUUUUGGACCAUUUAGAUAAAAAAAAAAACAUUGCCUGUUCAUCUGUAAACAAUUACAGCUAAUAUAAUUAAUAGAGCUUUUCAAAAUAAGCAGGCUGCACAAUGAAUAACAGACGCACUGCAACUUUUUAUGGCCUGUAAGGUAAUAAAUGCAAAAAAAAAUGUUUUUCCACAGAGACGGUAAUGAUGACAGGGGAAAAGCUUGCACACAAACUGAGUGUGACUGUAACAUUGUGUUCUUGUGUGCUUUCUGUCUCCAGGUUUACUGCUGAUGCCGAGGUAGAUCUGGAAGCCCCUCUUUCAGCACUGGGAGUAACAGACAUGUUCAGUCAGGCCAAGGCUGACUUCAGGCACAUCAGUGAGUGAAGCACAGUCAGUCAAAACACAUGGGUGACAAAAUGUUACUGAAUAUUUACAACAGGUGGUUUUUUAGGGGGGGCGUGAGGCUUGUAAAAUGGGAAUUGUCUCUGUUUACUGACAGAUCCAUUAAGAGGCAUGAACUGUGUCUCACCAGUCAGUGCGAAAAACUGAAUCACUUGGUUACCAGCCAGUCUCUUUUCUCCCUGAGUCAGAGCAGAUCUGAUCAAAGCUCUCUGGUGCCAUCGUGUGGUGAAAUGCUUAAAUGACUUAACAUGAUGUGCAACAUAUGCAACACUUCAGAUUCCACCAACAUAGCAUGCAAUGGACAGAGUUCAAACAAAAAAGAUAGACAGUUUGGGGCGCUAUUGGCCUAGUGGUCUAAGUGUGUGUCACAUUUACGGAUGUUAUGCUUCAAAUGACCGUCUAGGUUCAGUUCUGUCCUGUUGUGCCUUUCCCUUGUUCCUCGUUCCCUAUUUCCUGCUCUAGCCAGGUCUUAUCCUCUCCAGUAAAGGCAGGAAAGCCUUGAAAUAAAAUAUCAUCUAAAAUAGUUUAAAAGUUGAACGAUUGGACCCAAAUACAAGACUGGUGAAAAUGUGAGAAAGUCAGGUUGACAGGCCAGGGUCUAAACUUUGCAAAUACCAAUAUCUGUUCACAGUAGAGGACAGCACCACUUGUCUGUACCCUUCAUGAAGAAGGGCAGCUGUCUCCCACAACCAUGGAGAGACACAGUGACACAAAAGCUGGCCAAGUUAUUCAUCAAGUUAUGGUGCUGUUUUUGAGAUGAUAUUAUUAAAUCAGCAGGAAUGUCCAACAGCUGUCUGGCUGUUUGGAAAAUUGUGUCACCGGGUGUGAUGUCUGCAGAUGGAGAGCCAACAAAAGAUGCUCAAAAAUGUUUACAGUCUGAGAAAAUCCAAACAUGGUUUUCAUGCUGCCGUUUUCUGGAAAUUGUAAGAUGAACACCGAUCCCACAAGUGCUUCAUUUACAUGUGAUUAAAUUUAAAUAAAACACUAAAAUGAAACACUAAAAAUAUAUUGAAAUUACGAUUUAAUCUGAAAGGUAUCAAAAUCAGUGGAUAAUUAAUUUUUUAUUUUUUGGAAUUGCUUUUUGUUUAGUGUCUAAGCUCGCCGUGUGGACUGUUGCUGUUUUCUCAGGUGCUGAGCCUCUCUAUGUAUCCAGAGCUCUGCAGAAAGCCAAAAUUGUGGUGAAUGAAGAUGGAACAAAGGCAGCAGCUGCCACUAGUGAGUAUUUUUGCAGACAGUCUCAUUUUUGAUUGAAAUGUCCAAAAUCCUUCUUCACUUUCAACUGUUCUUUAUCUGUUUGUGUUCAGCUGCCAUUUUGCUGGCUCGUUCCUCUCCACCGUGGGUGACAGUGGACAGACCUUUCUUGUUCCUCAUCAGACAUAACCCCACAGGUAAAGCACAAUAUUUGCACCUGGAUUUACUCACAUUUAACUUACAGCUAUAUUUCCACCAAAAGCACCAGAAACCUUUAGUCCCAUGAGAAGGAAUGAGAGGUUUGUCUGCACUCCUAGUGCAAUCUGAUGGCCCAGGGAAGGUGCUGACACAGGAAAAUACAUCUUGAUGUAGUGAUGUGACAUGUAACAUUUUUAAAACUGCAUAUAAAAUAAAAACACAAAUGCAUGAUCUGUUUAAAAAAACUAUUUUUGCCUCCAUCCCCAGGAACCAUCCUUUUCAUGGGCCAGAUCAACCAGCCUUAAGUCCAGACAUCACUGGCCAGCCCCUGGUAGCUUCAUCGGCCAGUACGAGAAAUGCUUCUACACUGCCACACAUGAACACAGACGUCCAUAUAAACACACACACACACAGACAGACUAUGCUGUAGACUUGUGUACAGUGUGGACAUACGUUAUUGUUUGUUUUAAAUAUUGCUUUUGAUGUUCCCUGUUUUCAGUAACUCGUAACAUGCUUUAUAAGACACUAAAAUUUUCAGCUGUUUUAAUUUUUUUUUUUUUAUACUUUUUGAAUUUAUUACAUUUUUAAAAGACUUUGAAUGUCCGAUUUUGUGUAUUUUCUGGACUCUGGAGUAGGAUAAUAAGUUUGUUUGCUGUGUCAUUGUUUCAGUGUUAAAGUCCCUUAUUUCAAGUCAUGUCACUCCAGCCUGUUCAGUUUCACUUUGAGUUAUAGCAAAAUGUACGUCCUACAUCCUGGUUCUUAGUGAUGAUUGUUUCCCUCUCAGAGGAAGUUUUCUGUUAUUAUUCUGCUAUCAUAUUUGCUCCAAUAAAUACACAUAUUUAUAACAUGGGGGAUUUGGCAUUACUUAUUUUCUGGAAAACUUGCGGUGCAGCUAUGACCACUGUCAAAGUGUUAAUGAUGGGAGGGUUUAAAGGAGAUUAUCCAUGCUACUGCAUAUUGGAAUAAAUGGGGUUGUGUUUGUCAAGGGGAUUCUUCUUCACUAAACAUAAGGGAGCUGUAAUGUGAAAUGGAAUGUUUAGUUUUUGUGCCAUUUGUUGCAUACAUCAAAUGUGAUCCAAUAUAUUAGUAUUUUUCUAACACAAAAGUGUUAACACGGUUAAUCAGAGUUAUUCUGAAAAGAUCUCUUUUUUUAACCAUAAUGAUACUUCAUCUCAAAGUUUUGACCUUUUGAUUCCAAAAUUGAAGUUUUUAUUAUUAAUGUGAAAACAAUAUGACAAUACUGCCUUUUACAUGGUAAUUGAUCAUUAGUUAUAGGUAUAGUUUUGCUUUAAUACUUGCUUUAAUUCCUUUCAUCUUCUCAGGACACAAUGUUCUUACUUUUAUCUUAUGAAUGUGAUUGUAGCAUAGUUUUGACUUUUUACAUCCCAAUUAAAGAAAAAAUAUUAAAACUCUA